AUGGCUCCGCCUUACAGCAACGGGUACGCCUACAAGGGCAAAGGUCCUUCGGCUUUGCUCUUCCAACACAGUGGCGGUAGCUUCCGCGACCGCGCCAGACCUGUCCUCAACGCCGCUGCCCGACUAUCGCAAAGACUCUGGCAUUUUUGGCAAACCCGCGGACGACGCAUGACCAUCAACAUGCUGUACCAGGCCGGCUGGCAGCUGCGCCAGAACCUCACCGCGCGCCGCCUCCUGAGCUUCCCCCACCUUCUGGUGUGCUUGUGGAUGCUCAUCCUGCUUUGGGGCGAGCGCUGGGUGUUCAGUAGUCGGGUUGCCGACUGCAGAUGGAGCAAUUGGGAGAGCUGGCCCGCAGGAGCGAACCCUCACCACCUUAUUUUCGUUGCCGACCCCCAAAUCACCGACCCUCACUCAUACCCCGGAAGGCCGUGGCCUCUGUCGGAGCUGACCGUACUCAUUACCGAUAACUACCUUCGGAGAGGCUUCACGCAGCUUCAAUCGCAGUUGAUACCCGAUUCGCUCUUCUUCUUGGGCGAUCUAUUCGAUGGCGGGCGAGAGUGGAAGACGGGCAAAGGCGACUGGGCAGACCCUGAAUGGGCAGCUGCGCGACGACCCAAGAGCGAGCGGCCACACGCCAAGGAGUGGAACGAACAUUACGGCGACAAGUACUGGUUGAGCGAGUACGAACGAUUCGGCGACAUAUUCUUCAGCGACUGGGCGAGCCUCGGUGGUACGAAGGCUGGGAAUUGGCAGAGAGGGCGCAAGCUGGUUGCAAGCUUGCCGGGUAACCACGACCUUGGCUACGGCGACCAGGUCAAGGUGUCGGUCAGAGAGCGCUUCGCAUCAUUCUUUGGCGACGUCAAUCGCGUCGACGUAAUUGGCAAUCAUUCCAUUGUCUCCGUCGAUACUCUCUCCUUGAGCGCCAGUUCAUCGGUGCAAGCUGAGCGAGGCGAUCUGAGACCGAUUCACACGCCAGCGGACGUCUUUCUCAAGGACGUAAAGUUCACCAAGAGGAAGGCUGUGGAGAAGGAACUGCGCUUCUGGAGGGGCGACGUGGAGGGUCUUGGGUACAAUCACUUGGUGGAAGAUCUGGAAACGGCGGACGUCGAAAACGUCCCGACGAUUGCGCCAGGCGAAGACGGUCCCGACUUUCCCACGAUUCUUCUCACGCAUGUGCCGCUGUACCGAGACCCGGGAACUCCCUGCGGACCGUACCGGGAGCACUGGCCUCCUGCCAAACCGCCAAGAGGUCAGAAAGGUCCCGUCAUCCCGGAUCAUCGGAACGCAAUCUCGGUUUCCGGCGGUUAUCAAUACCAGAAUGUGCUGGACGAAGACGCCUCUGUCAAUCUCGUGAAGAGCGUGGGCAAUGUGGUUCAUGUCUUUUCCGGUGACGAUCACGACUAUUGCGAGGUGGUUCAUUCCCCUAAGAAAGAGAGCGUCCGCGAGAUCACCGUAAAGAGCAUGAGCAUGGCGAUGGGUGUUCCGACCCCCGGCUUCCUCAUGGUCAGUCUGUAUAACCCCGUCGAUGCCAAUGGCAAGCCUCUUCCCGGCGCUCCGGAAAAGACGUUGCAAACCCAUCUUUGCUUGUUGCCGAACCAACUGGCUACUUACGCCAAGUACGUCGGCUUCAUCUUCGUCAGCGUUGUCGCCAUUAGCAUCCGAUCGUUCCUGGUGCCUGUCCUCAACCUGACGCCGUUCGCUCUGGAGGCAGAGCAACCGAAUGGCGCCAUCCUACCCACUUUCAAGGAAAAGGUAGAGGACGAAGGAACUUACAACAUGCGGUCCACCUCGGCAUCGUCCGGAACCCGGUACCAAACCAACUCGUCGUCACGAACCAGAAGCGGAUCGCUUAUGAACGGCUCCGCCCCUCUCCCGCCACCCAAGACCAAGCAAAAGAAGCAGGGCUGGGGGCACCGCACGCCGAGAAUUGAAAUCUUCCAAGACGACUUCUACGGAGCCGGCAAGCCUCGGUUGACUUGGAAGGCAGCGUCGCAGCGGUCGAGAACGACGGUUGGACGCGUGGUCCGAGAGAUUGGGUUCUCAACGUGGAGAGUCACGUGGAUGGUGGUCUUGUUUUGGUCAUAUCUUGCAUAUAAGGGAUAG